CGGGCCGGGGCGCCGCCGCCCGAAGAGGCGGGCAGCGGGUGCGUCCGGGAGGCGGCAGCGGCCGCAGACGGCGGGUGGCGGCCAGCAUGGAGCGCGAGCUGGAAGCGCUGGCGGCCCGGCCCACGCGCCUGGCGGAGCCUCCCUUCCAGGCGCUGGUGGAGGCGGCUGGGGGCCGCGGGCAGGUGCUGCUGGUGGGCGAGCUGUGGGAGCGCGAGCAGAGCCGCGCUUUGCUGCUGGACUUCGCCCGGGCUGUGUUCCCUCCGGAGCCAGGCGCUGGCAAGCCGAGCGGCGCGGCGGCGGACGGCACGGGACCACUGGGGGCGCGCGGGGCGCAGAGGGCGGCGGGGGCGCGCGCCAUCUGCUCGCCGCUGGUCUUCGUGCUUUGCCGCGCAUCGUCGCUGGCCGCCCGGGAGCCGCGGCGCCGCCUGCGGGAGAUGCUGCGGGACGUGCGCGGCCGGCGGCGGGCCGGGGCAGCGCUGGUGGGGGUGCUGGUGGCCGAGGCCGAGCCCGAGGACGGGGUGGCGCUGGGGCUGCGACUGCUGGAGGCGCUGCUGCGCGCGGUGUUCGGCCGCCAGGCUGGGGGCCCGGUGCAGGCGGCCGCCUACUGCCCCGGCCGCCCGGCCUCCUGUCUGGCCGUCCAGGCGGCCGCCUGCCGGGCCCUGCAAGCUGCCGGAGCCGGGCGACCAGGUGAGGCUGCGCGGGGCUCGGCGGGGCGCGGGCGGGCGGUGACGUGGGCACGUCCCCCAAGUUGGAUCCCUUUAGGCCGGCCCUCCUCGUUGAGCACAGAGUGGAAGAAGCCUGGGAGAGGCCAGGCCUCCCAGGACUGCUGGCCUGCUUUUCCUGUGGUCCCUGGAGCCGGAGAAAGGACCGGGGAGUCACUGCCUGCAGAAGCCCAGCUCAGGAUAACUUCCAGGAACCUGAGGAGCAGCUGGCACUAACAGCCAUGUUUCCCAAUGGAGUCUGUGAGGACCUUGGAAGGGGGUCAAAAGCCUCUGAUGGGGUUGUCCACACUUCUGCUGAGCCCAGUGGAGACGCGAGAUGAAGGCUGUCCCCUUGCGCUGUCCCUGGCUUUAACCUACAGAUUGGGGCCUGGCUCCUUCUCACUGGCCCCCAGGUCUCCAUGGGGACUCGGAAGCCCCCGCCUGCUGGAGGCCUGCCAGCCACACUCGCAGUUACCAGCUAAACAAUGGGGCUCACUAAGACAAACAGGACCUAAAACAGUGUCUCCCUGGAAACCUACUACCUACCCAGCAUUUGCUAAGUCUGAUCACAGGGAGGUGAUUUUGUCUCUCUGGCUCAGUUUUUCUGAGCCACUGGGACAGAUGGCUCUCUGCUUUGAGGCUCUGCAGUGCUGUGGCAUCCCACGGGGCAUUUGCAGUGUUCUGGGCACAUGCAUGGGUACCCAUCAUCGAGAGUGCAGCUAGGAAGAACUUUGGAGCAGAAGUCAUCAGAACUGAGGUGUGACUUUGCAUAUGUCACUCAAUCUCUGUCACAAUGCAUGAGGGGGUUUUCAACCAGGGGCAGGUUGUCCCUCCAGGCAGCAUUGGAAAUGUGUAUGUAUUGAGGGGGUCACAGUGACUGUGGGGGCACCCCUGGCAUCUGGUGGGCAUCUCACAAUGUGCAGAACAGUCUCCAAUAGCAAAGAAUUAAUUGGUCCAUUCGAUGCCAAUCAUAGAACCUUUGAGAUAUUCUGGCCGAGCCAAUCCCUUCUCUGUGUCAGAGCUCCCCAGAGCAGAGAGGGUCAGGCUUCCCCGGACCUUGGCUCCCAGAGCAAGCCAGAAUAAAGACCACACCAUUGCCUUGGGGGCUUGUCCGGCCAGGGCCAAGACAGUCUGCAUGCUGCAGGCCCAGGACAGAAAUAGCCACGCAUGCCUGUGAGAAGAAAGAGCCUCUUUUUUCCCACGUUGACGUUGACUCUCUGUGCCAAGUCCUUUGGGCAUAAGGAUGCUUAGGGAAUUCCUAUAGGUACCGAACAGAAGGAAAGCUAGUGGCUUGGACUCUUGGGUAUAGGACUCGCUCUAGCUCUCAGGUCCUAGCCCGAGCUCAGUGCAAACACAGCCCAGAGGUUCUAGAAUCCCUUCCUCUGUGUCUGUGAGUCUGACAAAAUUGAUGAUGUUCCCUUAGAGCCGGGGAAGCCGCGUGUUUACUCACAGAGGGAACUCACCAUCACCUCCCUCAUCUUUUUUGCCUGCCCUUGGAGAAUUCCAGAGUCUUUGGAAUGGCAAAGGCACCUCUUGGAUUUCCCUAGAGGGGAGGCGCUAGCUGAGGGAACAGCCACUUCAUUCAUGCAGCACAGUUUACUCAGCGGACACACAGCUGUGCCUACCAUUUGCUCAGUGCCCUGAAAGGUGCUGCCUAACUUUGAUGCAUUAUUUCAGCUCUCUCCACGAUGGUGCCAAAUGGUGCAAUGGGAAACCUGUUUUGACUGGGGGCUCUACGAUACUAAGGAGGGGCCCUCGCUGCUCUGUGCCUCAGUCGAUUUUCCAUAAUGAGGAAUUUAACCCUAUUCUUUCCCUGCCUGUAAAGGAUGGUGUGAGGACGAGCAGGACAGCAUCUUAUUUGGGGUUUUUGGCGGCAGGCCUCAUUUUAGUCCUGCGGGCCGCCUGCCCUUGGACCCACCCAGCUGCUUCCUUAGAGUCAAGAAUGAGGUCAAUGAAUUGUGAUUCACUGAUUUUAUUGAUUUUGUUUUAAAACAGGGAGAUUGGUUUUUUUGAAGCUGCUAUAAUUUUCUAUUUCUUUAUUAAUUUCUUUGUAAUCCUCCGGUUAAAGUUUUCUUAUUUGGUGGGAGGGAGCUUGUUUAAAGUUUGGAAUUUGUCUAGGGCAGAAGUUAUAAGACUUCAAAACUUUUUGUAUUUGUUGCCAAUAUUUAAAACUUGGAACAUAGGCUGGGCGAGGUGGCUCAUGCCUAUAAUCCCAGCACUUUGGGAGGCCGAGGCAGGUGGGUCACCUGAGGUCAGGAAUUCAAGACCAGCCUGGCUGACAAGGCGAAACUCCAUCUCUACUAAAAAAAAAAAAAAAAAAAAAAUACAAAAAUUAGCCGGGAGUGUGGCGCACGCCUGUAAUCCCAGCUACUCGGGAGGCUGAAGGAAGAGAACUGCUUGAACCUGGGAGGCAGAGGUUGCAGUGAGCCGAGAUUGCGCCAUUGCACUCCAGCUUGAGCAACAAAAGAGUGAAGUUCUGUCUCAAAAAAGAAAAACUUGGGACAUUGCAUAUAAAAAUACCUAGUUUUGUGGGUGGAGGAUGGGGCAUGCCGUCAUCUCGCGUCUGCUGCGGUUCACCCCCAAGUCUGCUGCAGCUCACCCCCAACACCUUUAGCCCCUCCCCCGCCCUUCCCAUCCCCCACUGCCUUUCACUCAGAAAAGACACCUGCCCGGUGCUGGUCCGGGCAGGCAUGUGAGUUUGUAGCCUCUGCCCCAAAGGAUGGUUUACACAUUAUUUUUUUCAUUACCUUCAGUAUUCCUGUGAAUGGUUCAAGAGAGAAAGUCUUUGUUUACUAAGAUUUGGGUUCUGCCUCCCAAGUGACAAUACAGGGCUGAGAUCCAUCUCAGCUUCCGUGAGAUGUGGCCACCAUAAGCACCAUCGUUGUAGGGACAGUCUCAUUGCUGUCUUCUAGCAGACAGAAGAGUUAGGUGCCAGAAAGGACGAUCUUGAUGGUGGGGCCCUUCCUUGAGGGACUUUAAGGCAUAAAGGUUGGGGUGGGGGUGGUGUGUGAAGGAGGAGGCCCUGGAUUAGGUCAGUGGUCCCUGGGAGCCAUCGGCGAGAAGCUUCCAGCCAGGUGACAGUCUGGGCUCUCAGGUACUAAUCUUCCUAAUAUGGCAGUGGUUGUGCCACUUCUGACUUGAAUUGAUAAUUCCCAUGUCUAAUAAAACCAAGAAGUACCUCACUGA